AUGGUUGCGGUAGCGAAGAAUGGGUGCGACAGGGGUUGGGUGCGGCGCCUGAGAAUGUCGGAGAAGGUUGAUACAGGUGAUACAAGUGAUACAGGUCGAUACAGGUGUUACAAGUCUUACAAGUGUUACAGUGAUACAAGUGUUACAGGUGAUACAGGUGAUGCAGGUGAUACAGGUGUUACAGGUGAUGAAAGAGAUACAGGUGUUACAAGUGUUACAGGUGAUACAAGUGAUACAAGAGUGAUACAUGACAAGUACACAACAGUGAGCCACACCUACACCCACGCACGCUACACCACGCCCACUACACCUACACCCACGCCCGCCAAAGCUACACCCACGCCGUUACACCUACACCCGCUACACCUACACCCACGCACGCUACACCACGCCCAUACACCUACACCCACGCCCGCCACGGCUCACCCGCUACACCUACACCACGCCCGCUACACCUACACCACGCCAUACACCUACACCCGCGCCACAUCACCGCCACCUACACCCACGCCGUACACCACGCCCACUACACCUACAUCCACGCCCGCCACUACACCACGCCGUUACACCUACACCCGCUACACCACCCAACGCCCCCAACUACCCGCCCGCCAAGCUACACCCACGCCGUUACACCCACACCCGCUACACCUACACCCACGCACGCUACACCGCCAUGCACACCACCCACGCCUGUUACACCGCUGCUACCUAUACCCGCCGUUACACCUACACCCGCUACAUUACAUCACGCCCGCUACACGCCAGGUACACCUCACACCCGCUACAACUACAUCCGCCCGCUGCACCCGCCGCUACACCCACGCCCGCUACACCUACACCCGCCACACCUACACCCUCUACACCGCCACAGCUACACCCUCUACACACCCACACCGCUACACCUGCCGCACUACCCACGCCCGCUACACUACACCUACGCCUGCUACACAUACUCCUCGCCCGCCAGCUACACCCCUACACCCUGCCUACACCUCUGCACCCACCCGCUACACCUACACCCGCCGCUGCCCCGCCGUGCACCUACACCCGCUACACCGCCCUUCACCUACACCCGCCCGUUACACCUACACCGCCUACUACACCCACAUACUUCACACCUACACCCGCCGCUACCUACACCCGCGCUACACCUACACCCGCUACACCUACACCGCACGCUACAUCUACACCGCUACACCUAAACCUACACCGCUACCGCCACCAUCCACUCGCUAUACCUACACCGCUGCCUAA